AUGUAUCGGAAGUUGUCUAAGUUAGAACACUCGGAAAUAAAACAACUUCUUACAGAAGCUAACAUAGAUGUUGCAAAGCAUUACGCAACAAACAAAAAAGCACUCGCUGACAUCCUCAAUGACUACAAUGGUGCAAUAAGUUAUGAUAGAAUUCAUGAGUUCAUAAAGCCGCAACGCGGCGAGGACGAAUUCCAUGCAAGAGCAUUUCCUUUAAAUGACGUUGCUAUUGACUUAUAUCAUAGACGUUCAGUACCUCAUGAAGUAAGGCGUGAGAUGUUUGACAUAACAAAUGCGAACGUUGGUCAUACUCGUAAAGCUCUUUCUCAUGAUGUUCGUCAAGAGAUGUUUGAACUUACGAACUCAAACGUUGGUGAAACACGAAAGAGAGAUGACACACUGAAACAACAGAGAAGAGAGAUGUUUAAAAAUUCUAUAGAACAAGUUCGCAAAGCUAACGAUGUCAUUCGUUCCAUUGACGACAAACCAAAAGAAGGUGAGAGAUGGUUAAAGAAAGAUGAAGAGAAUAGGAAGAGAAAUGUGAAGUCAGGCAAUAGACUCAUUGACUUUAACAUCGAAGCUUUAGAUGAACCAAACAGAGACUACUUACACAAACAUUUCGGUAAGGUUUUCAUGAGACUCUUAGAGAAGAUUAAAAUAAACUCCCAACAAAGAUGGAUGGUAUGUUAUAAACUUGGUGGAAAGUAUGAAUGUUCUACGUUAAACCUCAAUAAUAUUGGAACAUUACUACAUCAGCUCUUGAAGGAGAACUUUAUAUCAGAGAUAGAAGCAAAUGCUGCAGGUAUUGUUGAAAUGCACUAUGACUUCUUCUUGACAAACAUAAAG